AUGAACAGAAACAUGCUGGCCAUGCUGCUGUUCUCUUUCCUCUUGUUUCUCCCUUGUAUGGGCUUCCAACCAGCCCUCAAGAUUCACGAUCUCACCGUAGAUCUCUCUGAUCUUUCGGAUGUCGAGCUUUCUUCCAACAAGGUUCGCAUCACCGAAGGCAUGCACACCAUCAUCCAGACCAUGCACAAAGUCGAGAAGCUUCCCUCAUGUCAGAAGCUGGCUUCUCAAGCUCUUCUCAACACUUGCUCCGAACUUGAUCAUGCUACCAGUCUUGCUACUGACAAAGGUAUUGAUGUCAUGCUCGAGCGCUCCAAGUCCAUCUAUGCCACACGACUGGCCAUCUGCGAAUUGAUGGAUGCCAACGCCAACAUCCCUCCCUCUUGCUCGCCCUUCAGACCUAUCGAGAAUGCCUCCAAGUUCAAUGGUUUCCGCGGUUUCAUCGUAAACGGUCGUUUCACCAAACCCACGGCUCCGCGCAGCUUCGAUGACAGCGGCGAUCUUGAUCAUUGCUCGGCCUCCCUUUCAUCCAACCCAGUGUGGUGGACCAGCUACUCGAACGCCCGCCAAAAUGCAGUGUUGCUCUGCCAUUCCAUGAGAGCAGAGUUGGACAAGGACGACAUGGUUGAAAAGAUGAAGCUCAUGUUCGAGGCAGUCAUGGAGGCAUCUAGCGUCAUGGCAGACACGACUGAGGAGCAUCGGGUCUUCGAGAGGCAAUGGACCGAGAUGGGAAAGAACAUGCAGUCUUUUCAUCUCGCACUCAACUCAGAUCUUGACAUGCAGAAUCGCAUUGUUGACCAAUGGGCAAAGUUCCAGAAUGACCUCUACGAUCUCGGAGAUAACAUCCACAGCAUGGGCAGAGACGUAGAAAGGGUCCGCGAGACGUCUUCCCAAAUUGCCUCGGAUCUCGAGAGCCAUCGCAUUCGCGCCCAAGAAGCACAGGCAGAUGUGACAGAACAUCUCAGCAAUGCCCUGGACAUUGCCGUUCAGAUACAUCGCUCUCACGACAACUCACUGGAAGCCUCGAUGGCUCUUGACCAGCAAAACCAACAAAUUGCGUAUACGCUGGCUCGUAACGCCGAAACUGCAAGGGCACUCCACUAUCAAACCGAGAUUUUGCUGGAAGCCAUCUUCACAGUGACUGAAAACGUGACAGACGCUGCAAAGACUGUCUCCGAAUUUCACAACGACAUUCACAAUCUCCCAACCAAGGUCGUUCAGCAGGUUUUCGAAGCUUCAAUUGGUGGCUUGCCCUUUGACUGGACUUCAAUCACGAUCCUGUCCGUCUUUUGGUGUCUCAGCUUCGCAGCUCUUGACACCUGGGGUCUGUUGCGCGCAAGAAGCUCCAUCGUUGCAUCGCUCGGCAUGGCAAUCGCAUCUACCUAUCUCGUACUUGCGAUUCCUCAGAUCGCCGACGCUCCCGCAAUCACUGUUUUGGGCAUCUUCGCAGUCACGGUCGCUGCAGCUGCACUUUGCAAGCUUUGGUACAAACGACAGAAGACUUACAACAUAUCAGAGCUCUCGGACAACAUCGAUCAAGACCCUAAGCACUCGGUUUAG